GUUUUGACGCAUGCGCAAAUCGAUGAGGCGUCACUUCCGUUGUUUUAACGCUGCUAAGCCAGGACGCCAUUUUCUAUGCCAACGGAGUACCAAACUGGCUGAAGCCGAGGGAGUGUGAAACAACGUGUGCCGCUCCGGUUUGUUAGCUUGCUGUUUUUCAUAUUUUUUGUUGCUUGUAAUCAACGAAACACACAAUGGCAAACGACGAAGGCGAUCACAAUGAGGAGGGUUUCGUUGUCAAGGUACGAGGCUUGCCUUGGUCAACGACGGUUGACGAGAUCAUGAAGUUCUUUGGGGACUGCAGUAUCACCCAUGGCAAAGCUGGAAUACACAUGACCAUGUCGCGAGAAGGACGUCCAAGUGGUGAAGCUUACAUUGAAAUGGAUUCGGAGGAAGAUAUCGAAAAAGCUUGUAAGAGGGACAGAGAUCACAUGGGUCAUCGCUAUAUCGAGGUUUUUAAAGCCAAGCGAGGAGAGAUGGAAUGGGUGAUCAAGAGAAGCUGCUUAAAUCUAGAAAAUGUGAUGGACGAUGGCUGUGUCAGAUUAAGAGGUUUACCGUUUGGUUGCUCGAAAGAAGAAAUUGCACAAUUUUUCUCAGGGUUGGAGAUAUUGCCGAACGGGAUUUCACUACCGACAGACUACACGGGCCGCAGUACUGGGGAGGCUUACGUUCAGUUUGUUAACAAAGAUGUUGCGGAGCGCGCUCUGCAGAAACACAAGGAAAAGAUAGGACACAGGUACAUUGAAAUCUUCCGAAGCAGUCUAUCUGAAGUUCGUGCUAGCAUUGGCCCUAAAAUGCGAGGAGGUCCAAUGGGUGGAUUCAAUCAAAGACCAGCGCCUUACGAUCGCGGAAGUAGGUUCGGUGGUAUGAAUCGAUUCAACAAUAAUGGCCGUGGAAACAGGGGCGGCAAUAGAGACUUUGAUAAUGGACUAGGAGGAUGGAACAAUGGUAACAAUUACCAAUCACGUGGAAAUAACAUGGGAGGUGGAAUGAGAGGAAACAUGGACAUGGGCAUGAAAGGAGGCGGCAACUACAGAGGAGGCAAUGAUAACUGGAAUUGCAACAACGGAGGAGGAAUGCACUGUGUACACAUGAGAGGUUUACCCUUCAGAGCCACAGAACAAGAUAUUGCUGAUUUCUUUAGACCCUUAUCGCCAAUAAGCAUCAGAAUUAUUCUGGAGAAUGGCGGCAGAGCGUCUGGUGAAGCUGAUGUCGAAUUCGCGUCACACGAAGAAGCAGUAAAAGCCAUGUCCAAAGACAAAAGCCACAUGUCCCACAGGUACAUCGAAUUGUUCCUCAAUUCGCAACCCGGCCCGGGUAUGGGAGGCGGCAACUCCGGCAUGGGACGUGGUGACAUGGGAGGCCGUGGUGACAUGGUACGCGGUGACAUGGGACGUGGUGACAUGGGAGGCCGUGGCGACAUGGGACGCGGUGACAUGGGCCGUGGUGACAUGGGAGGCCGUGGAGACAUGGGAGGCCGUGGUGACAUGGGAGGCCGUGGUGACAUGGGUGGCCGUGGUGACAUGGGACGCGGUGACAUGGGAGGCCGCGACAUGGGAGUCAACAGCAUGGGUGGCGGCAACAUGGGCGGCGGCGGUGGCAACAUGGGAGGCGGCGGCGGCAACAUGGGAGGCGGCGGUGGAAACAUGGGAGGUGGUGGAGGCAACAUGGGAGGUGGUGGAGGCAACAUGGGAGGUGGCGGCGGCAACAUGGGAGGCGGCGGUGGCAACAUGGGUGGUGGCGGUGGCGGUAACGGCAGUGGAAUGCUAGGCGCCAUUGGAAACUUCUGUGGAGGUCUUGGCAAUAACUUCAGGCCUGGCUACUCUCCAAACAACAGAGGGUAUGGAAACAAUCAACUUAGUGGAAACAACUACAAUAGUUUUUAAUAGAUAAAAAUCGAUCAGAAGAUUUCCAUCGCCUCGUCAACAUAUUGAUUACAUAUUGAUUACACCGCCAUGCAAAGCUCAGCUAGCAAGACACUUUCAUUUUGCAUUUCAUUUUACGAUACUUAACGAAGUACAUAUAAAAACAUUAAUUGUAAGGUAAUUUUUAGAAUACAUGAUCAUUAAAAAGAGUUGCAUCGUAAUAUUGUAAUGUAAUUAAUGUGUAGCAUUGCAAUUAUUUUCUGCAAUAUAUGUUACAUAUUACAAAAAUGUGACUUAAACAUCGAGUCAUCAUAAAUAAAAUGAAUGUUCUGCCAUUGCUUUUUGUAUUCGUAGUACAAACGAUUUACUGAGUUUUCACCAGGACUUAAUUGAAAUCAGAAAAAAGUAUAUAUAUUUUUCCAUUUCUAGCAGUAAUUAUUGAUGAUACUAAAGUCGAUACUCAGCAUUAAUUAAUUUAUACGAAUCGAAACAUAGUGAUUAGAAAGUUGAAUAGCUCGGUCCUAUUUGAUGAGUGAAAUUGUAUAUUGUAUUGAAACAUAUUGUCAUUGCACAUAAUUCUAUGAAAUACAGUAUAUGUUUAUACCCGA